UCUUUGGCAACUCGUUCUGACGGAUGUCUAUCGUAACCUCGAUGUUUACAUUAAAGUGUUCGUAGAUUUCAAAUUAACACCGUCUUUUCCGAGUGAUGUUAUUUAUUUUAACAGCGAUAUUAUCAAUCGUCUGUGCCUACGCAGUGCUUUUUUACAGAAGUAAACCUCCUUCGAACCGUUUAAGCAUGUCUCACAAAUCACAAAUGAUUUGCAUCAGCAGCGAUGAAGAUGACGACACUUUUACGAGUAAACGGAGAUCGGAGCCUAUGGAUUUGAUGACCGACGAAGGUUCUCCGAAGAAAAUCCCCGAAGAUCGCUCCGAAGAAGAAGAUGAAGAGACCGGGAUCUUCGAAAUCUUCCAAAAGAAAAAGGUGAAAACCGGAACCCCCUCGUCGAAACCUAAACCUCGUGUCCGAAAAGAGAGAAAGCCGACACGCGGUAGAAGCUCAGGUAAUUUCAACCGGGGGAAAGCACGGGGUGGAUCGACUCCCGGAGGAACAAAAGGACCGCAGAGCUCGGCGAAUAAAAAUGAUUGGAAUUCCGGUGCCGAUGGAAAACAGACCGAUCAAGUUGAUUUGACUAACGAUGAAGUUGCCUACGAUUCAAAUCCGCCCGCUUCUAAACUUACGAGGAAUACGGGUGCGUGGAUCAGAAAGCACAUCACCGUUGCGUUCGAACGAAACGAAAAAGACGAGAAAAGCAAAGUAGCCUUGGAAGAAGUUCAACACGAAGUGCUGCAAAUCUCUGGAAUCACCGUAAAGUUUCCCGUACAACCGUACGCCUCGCAGAUCGCCGUUAUGAGCAAGAUGAUCCAGGGAUGCAAAAAAAAGGAAAACUGUCUGCUGGAGAGUCCCACAGGAAGUGGGAAAACUCUGGCUCUGUUGUGCGGUGUAUUGGCCUGGCAGGACCACGUCAAAGAGGAAGUAAAAAAGCAAAUCGAAGAGCUUCGGACCAAGAACGAAGAAUUUGGGGCGUCAGAGGGAGAACCGUGCCUGGAGAAGAAGCGAGAAUCGGAUUCAAGAACAUCGGGUAACGCUAUUUUCACUCCGAAUGUAGAACAGGGCGCGGGAGACACCUCCGCGUUAAAAAGUUGCAGACUCGCUCGGGACGAUGAUGUCGAAUCGUCAAACGAAGCGGAUCUUCAGCCACGCAAAAGAUUCUGCCCAUCAACAUCGCCCGGUUCAGCUAUUCAAAAGGAGAAAUUGGACGCCGACAGCAUUCUCGAAGAUGACGGAGAUACCGUCGCACCUGUAUUGAAAUUAAUGCAAAAAGUACCGACGAUAUACUACGGAUCACGCACGCACAAACAGAUUGAACAGGUGAUUAGGGAGUUGAAGAAAACCGCUUACGCACACAAACCUAUGACAAUUUUAAGCAGUAGAGAAUUCACAUGCAUACAAGAGUCGAAAGAAAAUAAGACUGAACUUUGCAACCGUCUUCUUGACCCACAAAAGGCCUCUGGCUGUAGAUACUACAACGAAAGCAACAGACAAAGGAUAUCCUCGAACUAUAUGUUGAAUAAUUUGGGAAUUAACGGACCAUGGGAUAUCGAAGACUUGGUAGAAAUUGGCAAAGAGCAAUCAGCGUGUCCAUAUUUUGCAGCUAAGACCUUGAUGUCGGAGGCGGAUAUUGUUUUUUGUCCUUACAACUAUUUGGUUGAUCCAAGUAUUCGCGAAAGCAUGCAACUACAGUUGUCCGGCCAAGUAGUUAUCCUGGAUGAGGCUCACAAUAUCGAAGAAUUGAGCAGAGAGGUGGGAAGUAUUACUUUUCGUGCAGAUAAAAUCUCCGAAGCUGCCGUGGAGUGCAAAAUACUCCGUGCGUCACGUAAAGAUGAUUGUCUGACCUAUGAAGAGAUUGAAGCAUAUCUUUUGAGUUUACUCGACUUCUUAAAAGUCAACAUUUUGAACACGGUGGAUAAAUUCAACGAUACAGCGAGCAGUGCUUUCUGGACUGGACGCGAGCUCAAAGAGUUGUUCGAUAUACACGGUUUGGGCAAAGGCGUAUGCAAUUCUUUUAAAGCAGCUGCGGGUGCAGCAAUAAAAGACUUUACCAGCGCAAAAGAAUCGAUUACGAAACAACAAUCUGGUGUUAUAUUGAUGCCGACGAUAACGCAGAUGACGAAAAACUUGUUGGAAGACCUCUUGUUUGCGCUUAAAGUGUUGACUACCGAAUCUUUGGCUGACGACUACAGGUCCUGCAUCAUCGAAUCAAAUGUCCAAGAUUCGAGACCAUUGGCUGAUAAUACUUGGCACUCGCGAGAUUCUACUAUACGCAUGCGUUCUCUCCAAAUGCUGUGCAUGAAUCCAGCGGUAAUUUUUGCUCCUCUGGCGAAUAUGGCAAGGUCGAUAAUCCUUGCGUCUGGAACACUGUCGCCGAUAAAUUCUUUCCAAAGCGAACUGGGAACUAUCUUUACGCACAAAUUAGAUGCCAACCACGUUGUACCCAAGGAAAACGUGUACAUUCGAGGAAUUUCAUGCGGUCCCACCGGAGCGCAGCUCAAAGCAAACUAUACGAACGUCAACUCCUGGACUUUCCAAGAUGAAUUGGGCAACCUCAUCCUACAAGUUAGUAGGGUGAUUCCACACGGAGUCUUGUGCUUUUUCUCGUCAUAUAGCAUGAUGGAGAAGCAAAUCACUAGAUGGAAGCAAACUUCAUGCUGGACGAGAUUGGAGGAAAUCAAAUAUGUCUUACAGGAACCAAGGGGUACUAGUAAGCUUGCACCAAUUAUGAAAAAGUACCGGGAGAUCAUUCAAGCAACUUCAGACGGCCCACAAGACGGGGUUACUGGAGCUCUACUCUUCGCAGUUUUCAGAGGAAAAAUUGCAGAAGGAAUUGAUUUCAGUGAUGAUGAAGCACGAUGUGUUAUGACGAUUGGAAUACCCUAUUCUGUCCGAAAAGAUCCAUCAGUAGAUAUGAAGUUUACAUACAAUGACCUGAAACAAUCAAAAGGCUUGCUAAAAGGUGGCGAAUGGUAUACAGUUCAAGCAUUCAGAGCUCUGAAUCAGGCCCUUGGACGUUGCUUAAGACAUCGUAAUGAUUGGGGAGCCGUGCUUCUGGUCGAUCAACGAUUUCUUGAACCCACUAAUUAUAACUAUCUACCAAAAUGGGUCAAGACAAUGUGGCGGGAUUCUACGCGAUAUGACCUAUCUCAAGAACUUCGACAAUUUGUAGCCAAACAGCUUGAACGAACAAAACCAAAAACCUUGGAUACCGAUAGCUCUGAUCUAUAAACAAACGUUUCUUUACAUUCUUAAAUGAUGAGCCAUGGUGUAACGUUCCGAAUGACGAAUCAGGUUCUAUAAACCGUAUUCGGUGGCAAAUACAAUGAAUCCUGAUUUUUUUAUGAAACGACUUUUUUUACUCAUUUCUUUUGAUAAUAUUGUGAGGCAUCUGAUAUUGGCCAAGUAUUGCGAUUAAAGGUGAGGUAUUAGAGAAACAACUCAUUUAUGUAAACUGCGAAUUACGUUUAUUGGAAAAAAUAUCUGUAUAAGUUAGUUAUGUUCUAACAUUAUGAAUAAAUCACAUGUUUGUCGUA